AUGAUAACUAACCUCAUCACCAAAGACUUUACACAGAUUGGAAAAAAAGGCAUCCCAGACAGAGCGAUAACCUCACGUUAUCUGCUCCCACAACGAACCAUGAGCUUCGAAAACAGUUCUCAAGAUUCCAGUGGGUAAAUUGAACCUUCAUUUAUAUGACCGCAACGUUUUCAGUAAUCCUUCCGAUCUCCCUGAUUGUUCUAAUCCACUUUUGGGGACAAGUAUUCCCCAAAAAGUUCAUACAACUUACUUGCAACCCCUAAUUGCACAACCCGAGCAGCAUGGCAACAACAACCUACUUCAUGGCGUUGACUUCGCUUUCUCGAAUAUCCAUGGUUAGCUUAAUUUAAGGGUUACAAAAAGUUUAAAAAUCAGUAAAUAUGUGAAGACGUUCCGUCGUAGAUCAAUCUCAGUAACCUCAUAAAUCAGAAAGUAAAAGUAAUCACGUUUCAGAGCAAUUUGAUGUGAGCAACAUCCUCAACAUGAGCCACAUCAAUGGUCACCUGCAAAACGUCAGCUUAGCGAGCACGGCACAUUUAGCGGCCAAUGGAGGAAACCUGAACAGUAGCCCGUUCAAUGGGCACCAUGUAGUCGCAGCCGUAGCGUCGAGCUCAGCUAACAACAAUCCCGGUACUUUACUUAACAGCAUGCAGACAACCGCCAACUUAAACGGCUUGAACAACCAUGUUCAGACAAUGGACAACUCAAACCCGAGUACGCAAAGCAAUGCCGGUUCAACGACGUCGAGUGGUGUGAGGACUAGACACCGAUCUUCUGCUAACGAUUCCAUGUUCAAGUGCAACUACUGCCCCAAAAAGUUUACAGAACAAAACUCAGUAAGUUUGAAAAGUAACUAUUUAAAAAACAGAGUAAGGUUAGAAAGCAUCUAUUUAUUUUUGGUGUUUUACUGGACUGUUAGAAGGGUUUAACUGCACUUUAAAAUUAUAUAAGUAAAAAAUUACAAAUCUUUUUACAAUAUGUUAACACAAUUUACUCAGUACACAUAUUUUGUAGAAUUACUUCAAAAUGGUAAUAAUAUUUUUUAGUUGCGCAUGCACAUGGAAGAAUGUAGAUUAGUAAGAUCUCACGAAUGUCCUCAAUGCGGCAAACGUUUCAAAGCGCGAGGAGGUCUACAACAACAUAACCGGAUUCAUUUGCAAGAGCGUCCGUAUCACUGUCAUUACUGCCCAAAGAGAUUCAACCAGAAGUCUCAUUUAGACCAACACGAAAGGAUUCACACAGGUAAAAACAUACUAGUGCUAAAUGACCUCAACAUUCAUGUAAAAAGUCUACUUUGGUGAAAGAAAUUCAGAAACUCCCAAAAAAUGAAAAACAGAUUUUUGUUUUCCCAGUUUUCAGUACUAUUUACUUUAUUGAUUAAAAAACGAAGUGUCACUUAUUAUUUAUCGAAUUUUUCAGAUUUCUUUCAAUAUUUUAUUUGAAUGUAAAAAUAUUAUAAAAAAGAUACAUUUCACUACUUUUACAAAUAUUUUAAGUAUUUUAUAGGAAAUUAAAAUUAGAUUUUUUAUUUUUUAAAUCAAUUUAUUAAUGCUUAGGACAAAAGCCGUUUGCAUGUCAAUAUUGCGGAAGAGCUUUUCGCCAACGUUCUCAGCAAAUGGGGCACGAAGCUACUCACACUAAUGCCAGCGGAAUCCUGACGUCUUCCGGGUUAGGACUGCACCAUCAACAAUCGACUCAAGUCGCUACCAUGGUGCAGCAACCGUCCAUUUCUGAUGCCACGGGGCUGUUGCAACGUUCUUCAGAAAGGAGUUCCAUUUCCUCGGAUCAAGUAAGUUUUUAAAUUGUACGAUUGCAGCAAUAUUUGCUAUUACGAUUAUUAGUUCGCAAAAUGAAAUGUACAAUUAUAAAUAUUAAUGUUACCUAAAUUUCAGUCGGAACCUUGAAGCCCAAAUCUGCUACUAGACAGACAAUCGUACUCUCGUUACAGUUACUUUGCCGCCGAUACCACGAUCUCUUGAUAAUGUACCGAUGCUGUCGCUUCAUAGACGAGUCUUGUUGCAUUUACAGUAUAUUAGUCUUUUUGUUUUAUCACCGGGUUUUAUUGUAGGCUUUAUGCAUUAAUAAUCGACCCCUUAUCCAGUCAUUCGGCCUGGCCAUUCGUGUGUUUCUCUGUCCAUCUGUGAUAUUGUUUCUUGUGUGUCAUCCGAGUGGCAGGGGCCGCCGAAUAGAUAGAUAG